ACAGCCUGCCUGACUGGAGUUGGGUGCUGGAAAUGAUCUGAAGAGAUUUACUGCAUGUGGAGUGUAACUACUUCGGACUGUGCUGUGUUUAUUGCAACAAUGCUUGGGAGAGUGACUCUUCCACAAAUGCUUUUUGCUUCCAUCCUUGGAAUUGCUGGAGGAAUGUAUAUUUACCAGCCAAUAUUUGAACAAUACUCUAGAAAUCAGAAGGAAUUAAAAGAAAAGGUGAAGUUGGCAAAAGAAUCAGAAGAAAAGAGAAGUUAA